GUAAGAGGGUGGAUUCAUCAAUAAAGAAUGCCUACACAGAUACAGUAUUACAACUCCUCUCCUUCCGUGACUGGCAUCUUUCAGCCUCAAACUGGCACAAGUUCGUAUGGGCCAACCAGGCCAAGAGAUGUCUAUCCAAGUACAACAGUGGCACGAAUCCGGCCCGCAACUGGAUUCCAGUUUAGAGAUGUUUCCCCUCCACGUGGUAAGCCAACGUGGAACGAUUCUCGCAAGGCUGAGGCCUGGAACAAUUCUUUAAGAAGGCACAAAGUCAGUCUGAAUCACAGACCAGUGGAAUCUAUUCUAAGCAAAAGAGCUCCAUUUGCAGCACGUACUUUAAGCGCCAGCUCAGGAGGCUUCCGUUAUCAAAAUGGACAUGUUGAUGUUCUUCCUCAAUAUAACCCCAUGAACGAUCCUCACAUGUAUGAUUUCUAUGCCAAAAAGUUUGGGUUGCAAGUUAACCCACGCCCACCUACAACAAGACGUGCGCUGAGUGCCCCAUCCAGCAGAACUGGAGUGAGAUCUGCCUCCAUGUCUGUCAAAAAUGUACUUUACAAAGUAGUUAUUAAAACUGGAGACAGGAAGCAAGCGGGAACAAAUGCAAGGGUGUUUAUACAGAUGAAAGGAACCAAAGGAAAACUGAACAAGACACAGCUAUAUAAAAAACCUAAACCUAACGCAUUGGACAGUAAUUCAGAAUUUACUUUUCGUAAGGGUUCGACUCAAACAUUGAAAAUCUACGGGCCAGAUAUUGGAGAUAUCAAAAAUAUUACACUAGAGCACGAUGGUUUGGAAGAGAAACAUGCGUGGUUCCUGGAAGAGGUGUUUGUAACCAACACAAACAAAGACAAGACGUGGCACUUUACCUGCCGCAGGUGGUUCUCUCUAUACCAUACCGAUUGCCAAAUCAGCCGGACCUUAACACCAGACAGUAAAACCGGAUCUGAUCAACUUGAUGGAAAAACAGGGGACCACACCGUUUAUGAAGUGGUCACUAUCACCGGGGAUGUCCGAGGGGCUGGUACUGAUGCCAAUGUCUUUGUUACUCUGUUUGGAGAGCAUGGAAUUACUCCAAAGAUUCACCUCACCAGCAAGAGUAGAACAGCAUUUGAGAGGACCAAAACUGAUGUGUUUCGGGUAAAAACUAACAACGUGGGACCCCUUAAAAAAAUAAGAAUUGAGCAUGAUAACACCGGGAUGAAUGCUGGAUGGUAUCUUGAUCGAGUGAUCGUGACGGACAUGAACAGACCGCACCUUCGUUUUUACUUCCCAUGUAACAACUGGCUGAGUAAAGAAGAAGGAGAUGGGCUUUAUGUCAGGGAUCUUCUGGGCAGCCUCAAUCCCAUGGACGUGCCUAAAAUGAACAAAUACAUUGCCCGAGUGUUUACAGGUUCCAGUAACGGCAGUGGGACAGAUGCUGAUGUUUUCCUUAAUAUCUUUGGAGAGAAUGGAGAUACAGGCGAGAGAAGACUAGACAAUGAUAAGAACAACUUUGAAAAAGGAGCCGAGGACAAAUUUACUAUCGAUGCACCGAAUCUGGGAAAACUAAGGAAAAUUACAAUUGGACAUAACAACAAAGGCGGGUCAGCAGGCUGGUUUCUUGAAAAGAUCAUUAUUGAAGAUAUUGGAAACAAAUCAAUCUAUGAGUUUCCUUGCUCUCGUUGGCUUGCGAUUGAUGAAGAUGAUGGCAAAAUUCAGAGAGACCUUUUGGUUGGAGGCAGUGAAGCGACUGGCAUUGUUUACAACGUUUCCAUAAUGACGGGUGACAUCAGAGGCGCUGGAACCAACUCCAAAAUCCAUGUGAUGCUUCAUGGGUCUAAGGGCUUAAAAAACAGCGGGAAGAUAUUCCUGGAAGGAGGAGAAUUUGAGCGAGCAAGGAUUGAUAUUUUUAACAUUGAGAUCGCGGCCUUACUCAGCCCUCUUAGCAGAGUGACUAUCGGUCACGAUGGGAGAGGAGUUAGCUCUGGGUGGUACUGUGAGAAGGUGGUUGUUUAUUGCCCAUUCACUGGCAUUGAGCAAACAUUCCCAUGUGGUAAAUGGCUGGAUGUUGAUGAAGGGGAUGGUUUAAUAGAGCGUGAACUCUAUGAAAUGGUUUCCCUUCGGCAGAAGAGGCAAAAAAAACAUCCAUGGUCACUUUGGAUAUGGACAAGUGAUAUAAAAAAUGCUGGGACAGAUGCCAACAUCCUUCUUCAGAUCUACGGUGAAAAAGGGAAAUCUGAUGAAAUGAGACUGGACAACAAUUCAGACAACUUCGAAACUGGCCAAAUUGACAAGUUCAUGAUAGAGCUUCCUGAUCUGGGAAUGUUGUACAAGCUCCGGAUCUGGCACGAAAAGAGAAACGCAUUUGCUGGAUGGCAUUUAAACAAGGUGACUCUUCUAAAAACUCUGACCAAGGAAAAAUACACCUUCAAAUGUGGACGUUGGUUGGAUUUGAAUGAAGAUGAUAAUGAGAUUGUAAGAGAACUACCAGCAGAAGGCACAUUGGUAGCUUCACCCGUGCCUGUGGUAAAGUAUCGAGUGACAGUCCACACCGGGAAUGUAAGUGGAAGUGGUACUGAUGCCAACGUGUUCCUUUGCCUCUUUGGAGAUCUUGGUGAUACAGGGGAACGAUUCCUCAUUGACUGCAAGAACAAUAUGAACAAAUUUGAAAAGGGCAAUGCCGACGAGUUCAUCAUUGAAGCUGUAAGUCUAAGGCAGGUGAGAAGGGUUCGUAUAGGACAUGACGGAAAAGGCGGAGGCUGUGGGUGGUACCUUGACAAGGUCGUAGUAAGAGAAGAAGGAAAACCAGAGACAGAGUCUGUGGAAUUUCCAUGCAACAGGUGGUUUGACAGGAACGAAGAUGAUGGACAUAUUAUUCGUGAACUUGUUCCAAUUGGGGAUUCACAGAAUCUGAGAAGCAUCAGUUACCAUUUCCAAAUUAAAACUGGGGAUGUUAGCGGGGCUAGCUCAGAUUCCCGUGUCUUUGUGAAACUCUACGGAGAGAAAGGGGACACAAACAAGCAGUUUCUUCUUGUAUCUGACAAUGACCUUGCGGACAAUUUUGAGAGAGGAAGAGUGGACAAUUUUACCAUCAAUACCAUUGAUAUUGGAAAGAUCAAUAAACUUUUGAUCGGCCAUGAUAAUGUUGGAAUUCGAGCUGGCUGGUUUUUGGCAAACGUGGUUGUUCAGGUCCCGGCACACGGGAAGCAGUAUAUGUUCCCUUGUAAUCGAUGGCUUUGUAAGGAUGAAAGUGAUGGCAAAGUGGAAGUGGAAGUGUACGCCAGUGAGGUUAAAGACAUUGAGAAAAUGAUUAAUUAUGAAGUUGUGGUAACGACUGGUAAUGUACGCGGAGCAGGUACCAAUGCCAAUGUCUUCAUGCAGCUUUACGGGGACUGUGGCAAAACAGAGGAGACCUUUUUAAGGAGCCGGUCCAAUGACUUUGAGAGAGGAGCAGUUGACAUAUUUAAGGUAGAAGCAGCAGAUGUUGGGAAGAUUCUGAAGCUUAGGAUUGGCCACGAUGGCAAAGGGUUUGGGGAUGGCUGGUACUUGGAGUCCGUGGAGCUCAAGCGUCUUGGAAUACAAAUGGUACCAGUGGCGCCAGUGGUAGAUAAAAAAAAGAGCAAGGACAAAAAAAAGAAGAAACCUAGCAAAGAAGAAGAGGAACUACAACCCAUGGAAGUUGUUGAGUCAUACAAAUUUGAGUGCAAGCGUUGGCUGGCCCGAGGAGAAGUUGAUGGAGAGUUGGUAGUGGAACUUCUGCCUCUGGAAACAACUGGACUUGAAGAUAAUACAUAUGAACUCCAUGUGAUCACCGGCAGUGUUUGGGGAGCUGGCACUGAUGCCAAUGUGUUUGUCACGAUAUACGGUGAAAUUGGUGAUACUGGUGAACGUCAGUUAAAGAAGUCAAACCAUCUGAACAAGUUUGAGAAGGGACAGGAGGAUACAUUUACCAUCAGCGCUGUUGAUUUAGGUGAGCUGAAAAAGUUGAGAAUUCGUCAUGAUAAUUCUGGAGCCAACGCGGCCUGGUUUCUGGAUCGAGUGGAAAUUGUGGACCUAAAGGAUGACACAAAAUACUUCUUCCCGUGCCAGAGGUGGCUAGCCGUGGAUGAAGACGAUGGACAGAUUUCUAGGCAGCUUGUGCCAGUUAAUGAAGCUUUUAUGAAAAAAGACGAUGGUGAAGGUGAAGAACAGUCUCUUGCGACACUAGGACUGGAACAAAAAGCCAAAUCAACAACUUAUACAGUGAGAGUUAAGACUGGGGAAAAGAAGAAUUCUGGGACGGAUGCCAAUGUAUUCAUUAUGCUUUAUGGAGAGAAAGAUGAUACGGGUUUCAUGAAUCUAAAAGCCUCAAAAACAAACAAGAAUAAGUUUGAACGAGGACAGGUUGAUGUGUUUACUGUGGAGGCUGUAGACAUAGGGCCUCUCACAAAACUAAAAAUUGGACAUGACAACAAAGGGACCUCUGCUGGCUGGUUUUUGGACUGGGUUGAAAUUGAUGCUCCUUCCCUUGGUCAGCGGAUGAAAUUCCCUUGUGGUCGCUGGUUGGAUAAAACUGAAGAUGACGGAGCUAUUGAAAGAUACCUUUUUCCUUCUGAGCUACAGACUGAACAGUAUGUGCCAUUUGUACCCUAUGAAAUCACCGUUUAUACUAGUGACAUAUUUGGAGCUGGGACUGAUGCCGAUGUUUUCAUCGUUCUUUAUGGGAGAGACGGAGUUUGUACUCAACAGAAAUCUCUGUGUGUGAACAAGAGGGAGAGGAGAAUGUACUUUGAAAGGAACUCGGUGGACCAGUUCAUUGUUGAGCUAGAAGACAUUGGAGACAUCAUUGAGAAAAUCCGAAUUGGGCACAAUGACAAGGGGAUCAACGCAGGCUGGCACCUGGACAGGGUGGAGAUCAGAAGACUAUUACCUAAUGGAAAGGGGUCUCAGACUGUUAUAUUCCCAUGUGAGCGAUGGCUUGCCAAAUCCGAGGAUGAUGGGGAAACAGUGAGAGAACUGGUGCCAUCAGAUAUCUAUACUGAAAAGCUUAUGAAAGACGGAACUUUGAAACAAAUUGAGAUGGAAGUAGAAGAUGCAUUGGAAACGCACACAUACAGCGUGUCCGUCUUCACCGGUGACAUCUAUGGGGCUGGAACAGAUGCCAAUGUUUUCCUCACCAUCUUUGGAGAUUUGGGAGAUACGGGUGAGAGAAAGCUCAGCAAGUCGGAAACCAAUUCCAACAAGUUUGAGAGAGGACAGGUGGAUAAAUUUGUCAUAGAAGCUGUUGACCUCGGAACUAUCUUCAAGAUUAGAAUUCGACAUGAUAAUACUAUGUUGAAUGCUGACUGGUACCUGGAGAGAGUGGAAAUCCUAAAUGAGAGCACAGAGGAAACAUAUUUAUUUCUCUGCGAGCGUUGGCUUUCCACCAAGAAAGAAGACAAGAAAAUUGAAAGAAUUCUCUAUGAAAAGGAUUAUGACGGAGAACGAAUCAGCUUGGGAAGCUCAGCAAAAAGUUUUUGGGGAUCAUCCCUCAGCCUAAAAAGUCAGGACAAUAACGCCAAUGUGAAAGGCAGAAAUAGUGUGGAUGGAUCACUGCAAGAUGGACAAAUGAUCCCCUACCACAUCACCAUAACCACCGGCCAAGAGAGAGACGCAGGCACUGAAAGCCGUGCUUACAUCAUCAUCAUGGGUUCACAGAAGAUAAAAACUGCUAGGCUAUGGUUGGACCACCCAAAGGAGAAAAAAAGCUUUGCCCCUGGCUCUGUAGAGAAGUUCUCCGUGGUGGGAUUAGAUGUGGGAGAAAUAAAAAAAAUGGAGCUGGGUCAUGAUGGGGCUACUCCAGAAAGCUGCUGGCUAGUAGAAGAAAUACAACUCAAUGUGCCUACAAAAGGAGUGAUGUAUACUUUUGUGUGCAAAUGUUGGUUUGCCAAAGACAGAGGAGAUGGUCUGACUGCUCGGGUCUUCAAUAUGUUGGAUGCAAGUGCCAUCGGUGUUGGCCAAAAGAUCCUGCACGAGGUUACAGUUGUCACUGGAGAUGUUCCAAAUGGUGGUACCGAUGCCAAUAUUUAUAUGAUAUGCUAUGGAGCCAGUGGGAGCUCAGAGGAAAUGCUUCUGCCAAAAAGUGGAGACAGGUUUGAGAGAGGCCAACGGGACACUUUUGUUAUGGAGAUUGCGGAUAUAGCACCUUUUAAGAAGAUGAGGAUACGUAUCGAUGGAAAGGGCAGCCGUCCAGAAUGGUUCCUUGAAAAGAUUAUUCUGAAGAGCUUGGUGACAGAAGAAGAAACCUCCUUUACCUAUGAAGAUUGGCUCUCAAAGACCAAGGGUGAGAAGAAGUCACUGUCCUGUGAAAUGGCUGCAGUUGUAGAUGAUGAAGAAAUGGUGGAAACCACAACUUACGUCAUCCAAGUGAAGACUAGUGAUGUCACAGGUGCUGGCACUGAUGCCAAUGUGUUUCUAGUAAUCUUUGGAGAAAAUGGAGACACAGGAAACCUGGCUCUGAAGCAAUCAAAUAACUCCAACAAGUUUGAAAGAAAUCAGAUGGAUGUUUUCCGUUUCCCUGACAUGCUAAGCCUGGGAGACCUCUGCAAAGUCCGUGUCUGGCAUGAUAACUCAGGAAUCGGCCCUGGAUGGCACUUGGAGUUCAUAGACGUGAAAGAUGAGACCAUGAAUAAGUCAUUUCGAUUUCAGUGUGAUCGCUGGCUUGCUAAGAAUGCAGACGAUAAACAGAUCAUCCGAGAACUUGCCUGUGCCAACAACGAUAUUCUGGAUUUAAAAGAGCGGACCUCCUAUGAGAUUGUCACAGUGACAAGCGACCGAGAGGAUGCAGAAACCAAGGACAAUGUGUGGAUUAUUUUAGAAGGAAAGAAGGGAAGAUCUAAAGAGUUUCUACUAGAAAACUCCUCUAAAAAAAGAAGAUUUGCCCAAAAUGCAACAGAUGUGUUUAAAUUCUCCUCUAAGAAUGUUGGCGAUAUUGCCGCUAUUUGCCUGGGGCACUGUCCUAGAGAUGGAAGGAAGUUCUCGCCCAAGCCAGAUUUGUAUUGGCACGUGAAGGAGAUCACAAUUACAGAGACAGAGCUUGGAAACCAGUAUAUUUUCAACUGCAAUUCCAAGAUCCCACUAUGUAACAAGAGAGAUGACUACAAAGUCUUUGAGUGUGCCAAGACCGUAGAGAGUUUUGCCAGUCGUGCCCGUAGCCUAGUUCCUGUAAAAUAUGAGGUCAUCAUUGUCACCGGUUUCGAAAAGGGAUCAGGGACAGAUGCUAAUGUCUUCCUCACCAUGUUCGGUUCUAACGGAGACUCAGGACGACAUGCUCUGAAACAGAAAAUGCGAAAUUUGUUUGAGCGUAAUAAAGCCAAUAGGUUUUAUAUUGAAACCUUAGACUUGGGUGAAAUGAAGAAGGUACUCGUGGAGCACGAUAAUAGUGGACUGAGUCCAGGAUGGCUUCUUGAGCGGGUAGAGGUCACCAAUUCUGCCACAGGUGUGACUACCAUUUUCCCUUGUGGCAAGUGGCUGGACAAGAAGAAAGGAGAUGGUCAGAUCUGGAGAGAAUUGUAUCCAAGAUAUUAAUGAAAUGGUCACUAUGAUAAACUGCGACAAUUCAAAGACCAACACUGUUCAUGUGCAUCAACUUGCCAUGUGUUUGAUAACUUAUUAUAUUUUGUUUUAUAUAUAUUUA